CGGGAGGGCGCUGAGAGGCGGCCCGAGUGGGGACAUGGAUGGGGGAAGUCUGACGCAGACACCAGUGGCAUUCCACGAACUUUUUUGAGCCCUGAAAUGAUGUUUUCACUCUCAAAAGGGAAAAACAAUUGCAAAUCGAAAUUAAUAAGUCUACCAAAAUAACCUCUCAACUGGUACAUAAGCCAUAUAUUAUGAAUCACGAUGUGGGUUCAUUUAAUACAUUUUAUACAAUUUGGAGUGGGGCGAUCAAGUCUGAGUGUUUAGGACCCUUGGAGGUCCUGAAAUGGCCUUGAACCGAGAAGGGUUUGGGUUGGAAGCGAGGAGGUAGUGUCAGCUGGUUUGCCUUUCUAGGGAUACCAAGCCGAAGGCGUUGGCCCCUGGGAGUACCAAGUCAGGGAUACUGCGAAAUUGACUCCUCUAGGUUUUUAGAAAGGGACCAGAAAUGUCAUGUGAACUGGAGAUUAAAGGGUGGCUAAGUCGCCGUGGGUUUAGAGUACAGGAUAAGACAUCAGGGAAGUCCAGGGUCAGGGACCUUAAAAGGUGCAGAGGAUGGUACCUCAGAGUGCACCCCCUUUAGUAAACUGAGGCCCUAAGGGAAUACCUGAUUUAGAGUAAGGUAUCCCAGGGUGGGGUUUAGACUACAUUGCAAACCUGCAUCUUGUAAUUGUGGAAGCAACAUAUCUAUGGAGUUGUCUGGUGGGUUUCUUUGGGGCUAGUUUGCCUCUUUCUUAUUAACCACAACAAAGGAACCUUAAAGAGAACUCAACUUCUGCCAUUAAAUAAUUACAUCCAACACAGGAAAUGGGAAGGAUAUUGACGGACAUAAGGAGUCUGUUUUUCCCAGAACGUGAUCAGUCUAAAAGAACCACCAAUGUAGGAAUCCUUUCUUUAGUUUCCUCCAUAAAUUAUCUACUUGUCUGGGACACUUUCAAGGAUGGAAAAGACUUAAAACCUUUACUUUGCCAAUUCAGCUUCAUAGUCACUUUGCAUCUACAUAUUGGUUUGUGCCCUCUCACGACCAGAUCAAGGAGAAAGAUUAAACACUUUAAGAUGAAAAAAAUUGACCUGUGUUUGAGCUCUGAGGGGGCGGAAGUGAUUUUAGCUACAUCAAGUGAUGAAAAACACCCUCCUGAAAAUAUGAUUGAUGGGAAUCCAGAUACAUUUUGGACCACAACAGGAAUGUUUCCCCAAGAGUUCAUUAUUUGUUUUCACAAACAUGUAAGGAUUGAAAGACUUGUAAUCCAAAGUUACUUUGUGAGGACGUUGAGGAUUGAAAAGAGCACCUCUAAAGAGCCAGUUGAUUUUGAGCCAUGGAUUGAAAGAGAUCUAGUCCACACAGAGGGGCAGCUUCAAAAUGAAGAAAUUAUGGCCCGGGAUGGCCACGCCACUUACUUGAGAUUCAUUAUUAUAUCAGCCUUUGAUCAUUUUGCAUCUGUGCAUAGUGUUUCUGCAGAGGGAAUAGCAGUCUCAAAUCUUUCUUAGUCAUUGUAACAAAAUACACUUGCAUGAUUUUUAACAAUACAUUUAUUUAAACAUGAAGUUGUCAUUGAUAUACUUUAUUAAAGGGACUUGUAUCGA